AUGAAAGUUCAAGCUGCACUUGCCUGUCUGGCCCCCUUGGAAGGCCUUGCCACCGCUUCGGCAGAUCCAUCCUGGCACGACCUUGCCAUCUCCGCGCCGCAGUACGGACGGUAUCUCUAUCGCACGGCGACCGAGGAACCUUUCUUCUGGCAGGCCAACACGGCGUGGGAGCUGUUCCACCGACUCAACAAGACGUCCAUCGACUUCUACCUGCGCACGCGGGCGGAACAAGGCUACAACGUGGUGCAGACCUCCGUCAUCGGGUGUGUGAAAGGCGCUACGCGCACCAACUUCUACGGCGAGUUACCGCUCAACAACUUGGACCCUUACAGCCCGAACGAAGCGUACUUCGAGCUCGUGGACUGGACCGUGGAUCUGGCUGCGAGCUACGGCAUUCUACUUGCGAUUGUGCCCGUGUGGGGCAUGUACGUGAACGGUGGGUGGGAUAAUGCCACUCGGAUCUUCAACGAGUCAAAUGCUUAUGAUUGGGGUAAGUUCAUCGGCUCGCGCUACCGUGGUCUACCGAAGAUUCUUGGCGGCGACUCGAACGCAAUUUGGUCGUGGAACAUGUCGUUGGUUCAGGCCGCGUACAACGAGAACCCGGACCAGGACUUCCUCAGCAUGAUGGCGCCUCUGGAGGACACGUCGGCCGUUUGGGCCACUAUGCGUCACGGUCUGAAGGACUCCGAGCGGGAGCAGGGCUACGACUCAAUGACCAUGUUCCAUCCGACAAAUAGCUGGGUCGUGAAGCCUGAGGAAGACAGAGUGUCGGUGGACGCGGUGCAGUAUGGCCACGCCUUACUUGACCCAGCCUACAACUUCACGCCCAUUUCGGGCUGGGACUCCACCAAGAACUACGAGAACAUCGUCGAAAUGCGUGACAAGUUCACGGGACCAGUUCUCGACUUGGAAAAUCACUACGAAGGCGCGCACUUCAACUUUAACCCGGAGCGGCCGCCAAUGGGUUUCACGUACGGAGCCAACAGCGUGUGGCAGCUGUACGAACCCAAGGCUGAUCUGGUUAGUGGCGAUCUCUACUACAAUCCGGAGAUCAACCAGAACGCUUCUGGCACGUGGCGUGAAGACAUCUACUUCGAAGGCGCGACGCAGAUCCAGUACCCUGCUCGCGAACUCCUGGCCAGCCCCAGCAACCACACUGGCGUGUCGGUCAACACGUACGAGGGCACCAGGUACAUUUCGGUGCUGGCGUCGAAGACUCGUGACAGCUACUUCGCGUACACUGGCCAUGGCGACUCGUUCAGCCUCCAGCUCGACAACGGAUCGGGUGCCCGAUCGGGCAGCGCUGCGUGGUUCUCUCCUCGCGACGGUCAGUACUAUGCGAGCUCCACGGUGAACGUUCCGGACGACAAGAACGACACGCGCGAGGACUUCACCCCUCCGUCGACCGGUGGCGUCGACAACGACUGGCUUCUGGUGCUGGAGUUUUAG